UUUCAAUAGUUAUUGUGAUGAAGCGAAGGGAAAUGGGUGCAUGAAUGAGUGGCCGUACCUAGAGCAAGACCUGUUUUGAUGCUCGCUGGAGUGCAGGCGCCGCAUGUUGCUCUGCGGCACUCUGGACCCUCUGAACCUCAGUACCCCCGUCCGGACGAAAUUGCCUGUCCACACCACCCCCAUGCUACUGCUACUGCAACUACGUAUUUUCGCCAUGGAGGGCAUAUGCGUGCAGCGGUACGUCCAUGCAGCAUACGGUGCAAGUUGCGAUCAACGGUAGACACCAUGGGAAGCUUCUGUAGCGCUACCCGCACCAUCUGUUUUGUCUUUAUUGACUUUCGGUUUCUUUUGGCUGGCUUGCGGCUCGCGCCGGGUUCCCGACUUCUCUCGCCACCGCCGUACCUGCCAUCUCCGCUCACUUCCGGGCGCUCAGGGGAGAAUGCGGGAUAUCCAGAGAUACGAGGGAUCAGCAUCUUCACAGGUACCUGUGUACGUACGUAUCUGAUCAGAACCCAUCAUCUCAAUCACCAGGGCAUUGAAAUCACCACGCAGGGCCGCUGCAAUGCGGUCCACGGCGGAGAUGCCGACCGGCAAAAGGCCUUACAAGGCCCUGGCCUUGCAGCACAGACCGGGCCCAGAAGGUUAAGGCACGGAUAACGGCGAGAUACAGCGCACGACGCCCUUCGGCGCGGCGCCCAGGUUCGUCCACGCUUUGUCC